GCACCCCAACAAUUGACACUAGGUUAGCAUAUUAUAGGGUUAUAAAAGGACUUAGAUGUAAGAAAAUGGAUACAGAAGAGGUAGAAGAAGCAAAAGGGAAAAAAAGAAGAUCGAACACUUUCCUCACGCUCUCGCUCGACUUCAUCGACUUUUAGGUUUUUUGCUUUUAGGGAUCUAGCAACAAUAGCAACAUGGAGGGAGUCCUUGAGCGGUGGAAGACGAAGAUCUUCGUUGGUGGCAGCCUCUCCGCCGCGCGAGGACGAGGCACGACUCAAGUGGCAUUUUCGUGGCUCGGCGGUGGCGUGAUGGAGUCCUCCAGCAAGUCAUCAUACAGCAAGCUGUCCGCUGCAAAUGACAAGAUGGAUUCCGAUGCCGCCGGGAGCCACGAGAGUGCACGGUCGAAUGGCCUCUCGGUUGAUGCAGCCGACAAGGCGCCGGCCGCGGGAGGAGCGGGCAGAGCUGACAAGACCUCCGACGCUUCCACUGGUAGCAGUGACGACAGCUUGGUGGAUAGCUCCGGUGGUACUGGCCGCCAUACGAAGCGGCACACUGGGAGCGAUCGCAGGUGGGAGGCCAUCCGGUCGGCCAGCGCCGGGGGCUCCCCGCUCAGCCUCGUCCACUUCAGGCUCCUGAAGCGCCUGGGCUACGGAGACAUCGGCAGCGUGUACCUCGUGGAGCUGAGGGGCACGGGCACCUUCUUCGCCAUGAAGGUGAUGGACAAGGAGGCGCUCAUCAGCCGGAACAAGCUGGUCCGCGCGCACACGGAGAGGCAGAUACUUGGCCUUCUCGACCACCCCUUCCUGCCCACCCUGUACACCCACUUCGAGACUGACAAGUUCUACUGCCUCGUCAUGGAGUACUGCUGCGGCGGUAACCUCCAUUCGCUUCGGCAGAAGCAGCCUAACAGGCAUUUCACUGAGCAAGCAGCCAGGUUUUAUGCCUCCGAGGUGUUGCUUGCUCUCGAGUACCUCCACAUGCUCGGCAUCGUCUACAGGGACCUGAAACCAGAGAACGUCCUGGUCAGAGAUGGAGGUCACAUCAUGCUCUCCGACUUCGAUCUGUCGCUGCGGUGCUCGGUCAGCCCGAUGCUAGUCAGAUCCUCAUCGGUCCAUGCCGCCGCCAACAACGGCGUGGUCCAUGCCGACGGUGCCAGCCAGCAGGGCCAGGGCUGCAUACAGUCACCGUCAGCGUUCUUCCCGCGCAUAGUACUCCCCAAGAAGAGCCGCAAGACCAGCAGGUCGGACUCCAGCAUCAAGGACGGGUCGAUCCUGGAGUUCAACGCGGAGCCGACGGACGCGCGGUCCACGUCGUUCGUCGGAACGCACGAGUACCUCGCGCCGGAGAUCGUCAGAGGCGAGGGCCACGGGAGCGCGGUGGACUGGUGGACCUUCGGCAUCUUCCUGUACGAGCUCCUCCAUGGCACGACGCCGUUCAAGGGGGACAGCAACCGCGCCACGCUGUGCAACGUGGUGGACCAGCCGCUGCGGUUCCCCGACGCGGCCCCGCCUGUGCCUGUGAGCACCGUCGCCCGGGACCUCAUCCGUGGGCUUCUGGUGAAGGACCCCCAGAAGAGAAUCGCCACCAGGAGGGGCGCAGCUGAGAUCAAGCAGCACCCGUUCUUUGAUGGGGUCAACUGGGCACUCGUCAGGGAUGCUCACCCUCCUUCUGUCCCUGACCCUGCAGACUUGGGCCGGUUUGCAUCUAAGGAGAAGCCGGCGGCGGCAGUUGCCACUGCUCAUCGUGCUCCUGCAGCUAAACCAAAGACCGGCAAUUUUGUUCAGUAUUUUUAGGUUGUCUAUAUAUCAUGUUUUUGUUUUUGGCAGACAAAAAAUACAAGUCAUUUUUUAAGAACAACUAUAUAAGUUUCCAUAUGCAUGGCACAGUUCAGUUUA